AUAACCCACACACAUCACACUCACCGACGCUAACCAAUUCCUAUCAAUCUUGAAUUUUUUUCUCUAGCUGCACCUUUCGACGUUGCUUUUUUGCCUCUCUCUAACGGAUCAGGCCUCGAUUGAAUGGCUUUGCCGAAUCAGCAGACUGUGGAUUACCCUAGCUUCAAGCUUGUGAUUGUUGGAGAUGGUGGAACUGGGAAAACUACAUUUGUGAAGAGGCAUCUCACUGGUGAAUUCGAGAAGAAAUAUGAACCAACAAUUGGUGUGGAGGUUCAUCCAUUGGAUUUCUUCACCAACUGUGGGAAAAUCCGAUUUUAUUGCUGGGACACUGCUGGUCAAGAGAAAUUUGGUGGGCUUAGGGAUGGAUACUACAUCCAUGGACAAUGUGCCAUCAUUAUGUUUGAUGUGACAGCUCGAUUGACUUGCAAGAAUGUCCCAACUUGGCACCGUGAUCUCUGCCGGGUCUGAAAAUAUCCCAAUUGUGCUGUGUGGGAACAAAGUUGAUGUCAAGAACAGGCAGGUGAAAGACAUUCCAUAGGAAGAAGAACUUGCAGUACUAUGAAAUCUCAGCUAAGAGUAACUACAACUUCGAGAAGCCUUUCUUGUACCUGGCCAGGAAGCUUGCUGGGUAUAAAAAGCGAAAGACUAUUGUAUUUUGUCUCAAGUCUUUGUAUAUAAUAUUGCAAUUUGAAAUUUUUUUCAAAUUGCAAUUAUUCUUCCCUACACUUUGUUGAGUCACCGGCCCUGGCUCCUCCUGAGGUUCAAAUUGAUUUAGCUACCAAGCAACUGCAUGAACAAGAGCUUGCUCGGGCAGCUAACGAGCCUCUUCCUGAUGAUGAUGAUGAUGAUGAUGAUGGGUCCUUUGACUAAGAAGGAUAACUCCCAAUUUUUCCAUUCGCGAGGAUUUUGUUCCUUGAGUUUGAGGGGGUUCUAAUGGAGAUGUUGAUUCUCUUGAACUGCUUCUGGUUGUGAGAAGAUACUUUUUUUGUCUUCUGAAAUAUGUCAGGGUAUUAUUUGUAUCAACUUGGCUUUCAAAUGAGUAAUUGAUAUAAAUAUUUGCCGUGUUUUUGUGGAACAAA